AUGGACUAUCUCCGGGAGGAGCCCCUAGCAGCCGGCCUGCUCACUGCGCUCGUGUCCUCCGUUGCGUCUACGCCGACCUCCUCGCCUUUCGCUACGUCCGUUUCAUCCGCGCCGAAUCCUUCUUCUACCUCCGACCCUGGAAAGGGCGAUGGCGGCGGAGGGGGUCUACAUGAGUGGUCGUCGCUGAUCGGUAUCAUCACCGCGCUAGCCGGGAAUGUGUUGAUCUCUCUGGCUCUGAAUAUUCAAAGAUACGCGCAUAUCAGGAUAGCGAGGGAAUUGGAACAUGAUAAACAACAACAGGAACUGGAUUGGAAGCGCGCAAACCCCAGUCGAGCGAACUCAGGGUCCUACGGCGCGGUUUCGGAUCAUGAUCGGCUGAAUGGUCACCGAGGACGGGACCAGUCCAAGCGAUUUGGUCGAUAUCGGGACGAAUCGCCGGAUGCUCCGUACCAUGACCAGCCUCACAUCGACGUCGGACCGGACGACGAGAUGGCGGACGACGCUUCAGACACCCAUGAUCAGAUGCGAGAGUCGUUUUCGUCGGACAGGACGGUGCGACCGGGAGAGAAAGACCUGCGUCGUAAAUCCUACCUGCGUUCGCCGUAUUGGUGGGUUGGCAUCGUGCUGAUGUGCUUGGGCGAGGUGGGAAACUUCAUGGCCUACGGAUUUGCUCCGGCAUCGAUUGUGUCUCCCCUCGGCGUGGUCGCCUUGAUCUCGAACUGCGUCAUUGCCCCGUUCAUGCUAAAGGAGAAAUUCCGAACGCGGGACUAUUGGGGCGUCCUGGUCUCGAUCGCUGGUGCUGUGGUGGUCGUCCUCAGCGCGAAAUCGUCCGAGGAGAAAAUCGGCCCACACGAUAUCUGGGUGAUGAUCACGCGGUGGGAGUUUGAGCUUUACUUGGGUCUUACUGCAGGAUUGAUUGUCGGCCUCAUGUGGGCGAGCAGCAAGUACGGGUCACGUAACAUCCUGAUCGAUGUCGGUCUGGUGGCUCUAUUCGGUAUGCGUCUUCCUCCACUUUGUUCGAGCAAGUACUGA